AUGGUAAAAUUGGCAAAUGGUUGCUAUGACGGCAUUGUAGGCGCUCUACAGUCUAAUCAAGCUGAUUUAGGUAUUGGUUAUUUAUCACAUACGCUGGACAGAAGUGUAGUGAUUGAUUUGAGUUACCCACACAUAAUAGAUGUAAUCACAUUCACAUCUCCCACACCAACACUAAUCCAUUUCAUAAGUCUUUUCAAACCUGGGCAUUGGAUUCACACCAUUGAACACUUGGCCACCGCUCAGGAAUCACACUAUUUGCAGACUCUGUCAUCUCCUCUGCAGAGCUAUAUAUCGUUACUUAAGUCUAAAGAAUCGCUUAUCAAAUAUAAUAAAGUCUGGACUGAUACAACAUUGGACUCGGAAGCUCUAUUAUGCAUUCUAAAGAGUCGGUAUAUUAUACGCGAAUCGGACGACAUAUACAACCGAUUAGAUUAA